AAUAAAUGUUUCUAACAAUAACCAUGAUAACAUAGUGGGUGAAGAAAAUUUGAAUAAUGUUAUGUUGAGUGAAGAAAAUUUGAAUGAUGAUAUGUUGAGUGAAGAAAAUUUAAAUGAUGAUAUGUUGAGUAAAGAAAAUUUGAAUGAUGAUAUGUUGAGUGAAGAAAAUUUAGACGAUGAUAUGUUGAGUGAAGAAAAUUUGAACGAUAUGUUGAGUGAAGAGAAUUUAGACAAUGAUUUAAGUAAAGAAAAUUUGAAUGAUAUGUUAAGUGAAGAGAAUUUGAAUGAUAUGUUGAGUGAAGAAAAUUCUGAUGAUGAUACAUUGAGUGAAAAAAAUUUGGACGAUAAUAUGUUGAGUGAAGAAAAUUCUGAAGAUGAUGUGUCGAGCGAAAGUGAUAGUAUGUUUGGCAAAGAUAGUUCUGAUGGUAAAAUUGUCGAUAAAUCAAUAAAUGCUGAGAAAAUGCUAUCUAUUAACAGAGAAUUUGCACCAUACUUUAAAAAUAUCACCGAGACAUUAAUGUUUUGUUGGAAUGAGAAACAUAAUAUAUUAAAAUAUUAUUCUGAAAACUUUGUAGUUUAUAGAGAAUCUACAAAAAAGAUUGGUUGUAUUUUGUCAAUAGUUCAAAAAGAUGAUUGUCUUAAGAUCAAUAUUCAAUGCAUUCUAACAUUUGAAGAGUUGCCGAUAAGUCUGCAAAGCAAUAGUCAUAGAGAAAGAUCAUUGAGCGGCGAA